AUGACCAACGCCUCAGAGUUUGCUGAUUUGGAAAUAGAUUAUUGUUUCAUUCCAGUGAUGCAAGUUCAGCUUGGUGAACCUGCGGCUUUUCAAUGUGUUUUGCCAAAGCUCAAGUUUAUCCAAAAAGACAUCUACUGGUACAAGCAGAGUCCAGGAGAUACUUUGAGGCUGCUUCUUAAACUGACCAUGAAACACCAACAACCAACAAUCUCCAAGUUUGGAAAGCAGUUUUCUGGCAUAACAUGGAGAAUUAAUAAUGAUGAUAAAACUGCCAUGCUGACCAUUUUGAGGACAACAAAUAAAGAUCUUGGAACAUAUCACUGUGCAAUAAAAUCUUCAGCUGUGGAUUUUGAAUGGAGUGCAACAAAUUUGAUAUUGAAAGGUAAAACAAAAUCCAACAUAUAUACUAAAAACAGGAUAUGUCCAGGAGAUAUCAACAUGCUCUGGUUCAGUGCAAAAAUCAACUGUACUAAUGAAAACAAAUGUGGAGAUGUGAAGAGGUGUGAUUCUCUAAUGAAUUGUUUUCAUCACUUUAUGAGACAUAUCAUGUCCUCAGAUGCUGCACCAUUUUACUGUGGAGAGACACAUUUUGGUAAUGGAACCAAACUGGAAACUGAAAAAGGGUUAUCACUUGAAGUCAUUCUCCUUUUGAUUGCUGUGACUUCCCUAAUCACUUCUGUGAUUGUAAACAUUGCAUUUCUCUGUGACCGAUCUGCCAGGGCAAUGUGCAAACAAUUUACAGGAACAGAAAACACCUCUUUACCAACAAGACGUAAUACGAUCAAGCAAAAUGCAGACAGAGUCGAGGAUGAAAAUAAUGGCAACUAUGCUGCGUUAAAUUUUUCAGAGAGCAAAGAGAGGAAAACGGGGAGGAAAGCUAUGGAGAUGAACAUAGAAGAAAGUGUGUACUCCCAGAUCAAAUUCUGA